CACCCGGCGCCUCCCCCUGCAGCCGAACCAAGCGACCUCCCUGGCGGUGGCGCUUCAGGCUUGAGCCCCGUGGAAAGCGCGCGGGGCGGGGCGGGCCAGGCUCUGCUCCUCGGCGCCGCAGCCGGGAUCCGGCGAGGCUCCAGCCCUGGGAGCGAAGGCCGGCACCUCGGAGGGAGCGGCCCCCCUGCGCCGCCAGCCAGGCGGCGGCCGGGCAAGACGCGGCCUGCCCAGGGGAGCUGCAGGCCUCUUGCAGACUCCUUGAGCGACGGCUCCUAAUUGGCGCUGAGCGGGGCCGAGGAGGGAUGGGCGGCCGUCAUCCUCCGCAGGCAAGGAGGCAGCCGCUGCUCUCCCGCUCCGGCCGCCGCCGCCAGCCCCGCGCGCCCGAUGCCCGGCUUCCCGCUCGGCCGCUCCGGCCCGCUCGCCUUGCCCGGCUUCUGCUGCCUCUUGGCCGCCUGCCCCGGCUCCGGCUGCUGCGCCGCCCGCAGAGGGAUUUUUGGUCAGCGCUUGGAAGACACAGUCAGCUAUGAAAAGAAAUCUGGGUGGCAGCCGGUGCCCCUUCUGGUGGAGCAAUGUGUGGACUUCAUUCGGACGCGUGGCCUGACCGAGGAGGGGCUGUUCCGCCUGCCGGGGCAGGCCAAUCUGGUCAAGGACCUCCAGGACUCCUUUGAUGGCGGGAAGAAGCCCCAAUUUGACAGAAAUACAGAUGUCCACGCAGUGGCCUCCCUCCUGAAGCGAUACCUCCGAGAGCUUCCCGAGCCCGUCAUUCCUUUUGCCAAUUACCAAGACUUUCUCUCCUGCGGCCAGUUGCUUUCCAAGGACAAAGGCCAGGGAACUCGGGAACUGACAAAACAGGUGCUUUGCCUUCCUGAGGCCAACUACAACCUCCUCAGGUUCAUUUGCAGGUUUCUUGAUGAAGUUCAGUCUUACGCCAGCCAUAACAAGAUGAGCAUCCAGAACCUUGCCACGGUUUUUGGACCAAACAUUCUUCGGCCUCAGGUGGAAGACCCUGUGGCUCAGAUGGAAGGUACUUCACUGGUUCAGGGCUUAAUGGCUAUUCUGAUAAGCGAGCAUGCGAAGAUAUUUGAUCCCUCUCUGAUUCAGGACUCGGUUCAGCCGGAUGCUGAUCUCCAGUGUCCACCUAGUUGGGUAGAUUGGAACUUGCAGAGUGGCCAGACAGAAAACAGCCUUUGCAGCCAUGCUGGCUCCCUUCCAGCUCUUGGGCCUUCUGCAGCCCAGCCUCGCAUGCAAGACUGCAACCAGAAAGGAAACGGCCAGCAACCACCCAGCAGCCCCAACCACAGGAAGCAAGGCCUGGCCUCUUGGAAAGGCUCCCCUUUGCGGCAGCCAGGAACCAGGUCGCUCUAUCACCCACCAGGGAGCCCCUUCUUGGAAAGCUGCUGCUUAUCCUUACAUGAGAAUGGGCUGCUGGGUGGACGGUCAGCUGUUCAAGGCCACCGUGGAGGAAAAGGCAAAGGGUCCGAUUCGCACCAAAGGCUCUCUGCCUACGACAACGUCCCCAUUCUUCAUCGCUCCAAGGAAGCCUGUAGCAAUGCCGGCCCCAGCGGCUCCCUUUCCUCCAGCAGCCUGUCUCUAGCUGUGGAUUCUGUCACCCCCUGUGCCACGUGCACCACCACGACGAGAGCCUGCCUGGCCUUGAGCCCUCUGGGCAGCCCCUUGCCCCACGACGAGGUCUCUCUGGGGAGCAACGGUGGGGAGCCAGAAACGGGCUGCGGCAGAAGCAGGGAGGGACGCCAUUUGUCCGUCGCUUCUAGAGAUGCCGUUCACUGCUCAGAAGCCCUGCAAGAUCUCAUCGCAGAGCUGAAGGCGGAGCUACGAAAACAAAGGUCUGGGUACGAGGCCGCUUUUAAGAGAAUGGAAGGAACAAGCACAGAACUGAGGAAGCUGGUGACAAGACUACAAGAAGAGCUCAUCCAAGGGAAGAAGAAGGAGGCCGUGCUGCAAAUCAAGCUGAGGAACUCUGAGCGGGCAAGGAAAGACGCAGAGAGGAGGAACCGCUUCCUACAAGAAGAGAUGGAGUAUUUCUUCACCACUCUGGGGAAUAUCACUGCAGGGAGUCACGUCUAAAGACAGGCAGGCGCCCUCGGCUUCCCACCCAAAGCAGUUUUGCCCUGGUCUGUAACCACCCUCCUUGCUCACGUAGUAGCAUCACAAUUGUUGGCCUAAAUGGAGGAUCAGUGACUGGUGAGGAAGAGGCGAAAGGAUUUCACUUACAACGUUACGAAUGCUUUGCUAGACCCAGCAUGGAGUAGUAUACAUAGUGGCGGCCAAGAGAGGGGAUGGCUCUGGAUCACCCUUCUCGGCGUGGAAGAAGAAUGCUUGGCUGAUCUGCAAAAUUAAAAUGACUUUUCAGUUGCCCUUUAAUGCUCUCCUUUUAUAGGAGGACCUGCUAGAACUAUUAGUUUUGCCCCCCUGGGCCACUAACAGGAUCUUUUUCACUUGCAGACUUUUGCCUCGACUGUGCAUUAGGCUUAUUCUCAGAGGGAACUGCACUGCUUCUCCCCCCCCCCCCCAGUGCUAAUCCAGAUCAGUCAAACAGCCUGUAUCCCUGACCCAAAACUGAGCGGACGGCACGAUAUAAUAGGCGCAAUAAAUUAGGCAUGUGAAUCAA